AUGGCAGGACGAGAAUCGGGACGCAUUAGGGAAGCGGACAAAAAGCGCACCCUCGACGAUGCGGCUCGACAGCGGCGCGCUCGGAAAGCACUGGAGGCGUUGGAGCAGGACAACUUCCAUGAAGAUCCGCAUGCUGAUUUGGUGAUGUCAAAGAAGGUUCCCAAAUUUCACGACAAUCUUGAAAGUAGUGGCCCGGGCAGGAAGAAGAGCCGUCGCACCAAAGGAGCGGAAUAUUACCGGGCGAAGUAUCGUAAAACGUUCCCCCAACUGCUCGAAGAAGACAAACAGCAGCGGCCAGAACCGCCAAAUUACUUCAGUGCUGCUGCACCACCUUCCCGACUUCCCGAACGGCACUUUUGUGCUGUAUGUGGGUUUCCAUCGAGCUACACUUGCACAGCGUGCGGGACGCGAUACUGCUGCGUGCGCUGUUUGGGAACGCACCAGGACACGCGAUGUCUCAAGUGGACCGCUUAGAGUGGAGUGUCAACUGAAAAUCUCUGUACAGUUUUAUCACAGUGAGAAA